GGUAAGAUAAACAUUAAGAGAAUAAAUAAAAAAAAGGGAAGAAGAAACUGAGGAGAGAAUAAAAACCUUCCCCCACCGUCUUCCUUCUCCAUCCUCUCCUCUCGUCCUUUGAUCUCUCUCCUUCGAUAAUCAGGAGGCUGUUUCUGCAACUAACUAGCAUUAUGAGACAAAGACAUAUAGUGACUAGCUUCGACAUGGAGCAGCAUUCUCAUCCAGACACCCCACACAUGAACCCUGUUCCUACUUUCUUGCAAGAGCCUUAUGACAACAACUCUAUGCUUAACGGUCUUCCACAGUAUCCUCCUCCUCCCCCUCCUCAUCAUCAUCAUCAUCACCAUCAUCAUCAACGUGCUUCCAAUCUUGGUCCUACCAUGUCAACCCCACCAAAUCUCUACCUCCCUUACGAGCCUCUUCAUGCUCAUCCCUUAGCUCCUGGAAGUCAUGAGAGUAAUCCACAUUUUAUGGGCCAUGGAUACAAGAGAAAGAGCGACGAAGUUAUUAUACCUGGAAACUAUCAGUAUCUUACUGAACCAGCACCACCUCCGGAGACAGCGCCUUUGGCAUUCCCACACUAUGCUACUAAUGCUUACCCACAACCAAUGGAUCAGCGAAGUGUGAGGAGCAGACUAGGAGCAGUCACAAUGGAUCCUCCUUACUCUCAAGGAAACUAUCCUUUUCCACCUCCUGCCCCAAUCUGGUAUGACCAACAUGUUAAUGACAACAACACGUCUGAUGGAUCAUCAUCCUCUUCGUAUUGGCUCCAACCACCCUCUAUACCUUUUAUGCAUGGUAAUGGUAAUGCUGCUCCGAGGUUCCAUGAAGCAUCUAGUAGCAGAAACGAUGUACCAUUUGCGUACCCUACUCCUAACUACUUUAGCCAUCAUCCGGCACCUCCUCCUCCUCCUCCCACCUUAUACCCUCCUCGCAUGACGUCAACCUCAUACACUGUUCCCAUGACUAUUCAUGAUGCUCCGUACAGAAACGUGGGGCCGGUUCAAUCAACUGGGCUGAGGAUUAACCGGCAACAUCCUCGAGAUGGUUUUUCUCCUGCAGCGAGUCUUAGACACUAUGGACUGCCUCCUCACCUUAGAGCAUUCCCCGCUUAUGAAGAUGCAUUUUUCGUGGAAGGAGAGUUCUUCGACGAUGAUGAGGUUGAUGAUCAUCAGGACAUGCGCUUGGACAUAGAGGACAUGUCAUAUGAGGAGCUUCUUGAUUUGAGCGACCAUAUUGGAACAGUGAAGACUGGCUUAUCAGAAGAAACCGUUAAAGAUCUUGUGAAAAGAAGAACCUACAUAUCCACCAGAAUCAACCUGGAAGAAGCUCCAUCUACCGAUCUAGAAACAGAUUCUUGCACCAUAUGCCAGGAAACCUACAAGAACCGAGAUAAGAUCGCAACGCUGGACUGCAAGCACGAGUACCAUCCAGCAUGCUUGGAGAAGUGGUUGGUCAUCAAGAACGUCUGCCCAAUCUGUAAAUCAGAGGCACUGGUCAUGGACAAGAACAAGGAACGAUAAAGGUUAUAAUAACUUAUAUGGUUUUUGUUUUUUUUUUAUUAUUAUAAGAGAAACAGAGUCAAGGCAAGUUUCAAAGCCCCAAGUUCUGUAAAAAAAUGCACUUAGCUUGUGUUACAAUCUAUAGCUAAGAUUGGCUUUAGUGACUAUAAAAAAAACUGUACAUGCUUUC